CUACCGGUUCCUGCGGUGUUUAUUAUAACAAAAAUAAAUGUUUAAAAAAAAAAAAAAAAAAACGUUAACCCGAGGGAGGUUGUUGUAAUCAUGUAACACGAGCUAGUUAGCAAUACACACGUCUCUUGCUAGUGCGUGACAGCGCAGGUCGCCGGUGUUUGGCCGUUUUUAACCGUUAGCGAGCCACAGGAGCAGGUAGCGGGGUAGUCCUCGUUAGCUUAGCCCCCCCCCCGGCACCACACGACCAAAUGUGGCUUCAUGUCGCCUCGCUCCCCGGUGAAAAGUACCACACCUCGCGGGGGAACGCCGUCCUUUAAAUUCGGCGUUCGUCCUCAAACAAGCCAACGGCAGCAGUUGAAUAAUACGGCCCGAUAAUUCAAUAACUUUACGGCCUGGUGCGACUGUUUUCUCCGCUGCUAAUAUGCGGCGGCGACGGUUAGCUCCCCCUCGGUGAAUUGUUAUUUUUAUUCGACUGUGUGAAACGACUUAUAGGCCGAAUUUUUGUUCCGCGUAUCGAUUAUCAGCUCGAGCUGCCGCGGGUGGUUCGGGGUUUGUGGGUUUCGCCGGUACCGACCGGAACCGUUCAAAGUGCCCACAUUUUGGAGUGCGGUGCCACGGGCUCGCGGUGGAAACAACAACUAGCAUGUUGAGUCCCAUCGCUCCCCGCGAUGAAUCCAAUGCACCUCCUCUUCCACACUUUCCUGCUGAUAUAAAACCAAUAAUAAUCUCGUCUUCGUGGCAGAUGCACCGAUUGACAAUGAGGUGUUUUAUUGGUGGAUGGACACGUUAAUUAAUCAAGCCACGUAUUAAUAAACGACGCUUGUAGUUUACCAAAAUAAGGGCAAAAGGGGGGUACAUGUAUUGUUUUUGCAGUGACAUCACAUGAAUCAAUCUGCUUGUUGCAUAUAACUUAAUUGUAAAUAGGAUUUUUUUUAAUAAAGAAUGAAUGAAUCUAGUGCAGCUUUGCAUAUAAUCAGCAUUUUCCUAGAUUCUGAUGGUUUUUUGUUGUUGCUAUCUUUGAUAUUGUUUGCCUUUCUAAUGUAAUAGCAUAGUUAUUAACAUUGGCAUGUGCAGUAGUCUAACGCAACCCCAUUAGAGAUUAUAAAGGUGGACAGUGACACCUGAUGGGAAGUAGAUUUAUGCCAGUAAAAAUGCCAUCAUUCAAAAAUCUAAUCACUCCUUUUGGUGCACGUGUAACUCAUACCCUGCUGGGAUUCCGAUGCACUGCCCCCCCACACACACACACACAACUAUCGUCGCCUCACGGGCUUGCGUAGAGAUGGCGAUCGAAAAAGCGUACGAGUGGCCGCCGCUGAGGCCGAGCAUCGUGACGGUAUCGGCGGAGCCCGGUGGGUGGAGGGUGGCUCGGUCCCUCCGGCUGCUGCUGCUCUGCAGAGUGGAGAUGAUGUGUUCAUCUCUGCAGCGCUGAGCCAAUGCACCUGCACCUGCACCUGCACCUGCGUGUACUUGUCGACCGUCAAUUUGUGGGGAUGAGGUUAUGCUCGUGAUUGAGGGACGUGGCGAUACAGAUAAAUAUGUUUGUUUUUUAGCUCUCCUGCCCUACAUUCAUUGCUCUAAUUCUCUUGCGACCCCUCCCAAGGCCUAAAAUACACGAUAAUAAUUGUUUGCCGCAACUGUCCCCGCCUCUGGUUGACCAUUCAUAGCGCAUAGGAGCUGAUGAUAUUAUCCAAUAUUAAAUGGGUCGAGGAUGCCGUGUAAUAGCUUUCACUCAAGAUGUGGGCCCCAAUGGCUAAAUAAUUCAACGCCUCCCAGUGAGGGGGGAAAUCUCUCCCGCUUCCAUCAUAUUUGGUCCGGGCCUUUUUGAAUAAUUCAUCCGCCUAUCUGUAAAUUGUUUGUCGAAUCGGUGACCUUUUUUUUUUUUUACGAGAUCAAGGAAGCGCAAUAAAUCCGUUCAUCGGAGACGCCGCGUUACGAACGGCGCAAUUAAAAAGGCGGGGAAAUAUGGAGUCGCGAAACCAUGCCGGUUGCUAAGUGACAGCGGGAACUUAUUUUUGUUCCCGCCCACCGUGUUUUGCCCGUUGACGUCUUGAGUGACUGAAAGGACAGAAGAAAAAAAACACACGAUACGGCGGUCUAGACUCACGGGCGUGAGACCCCCUGCGUCUCCGACAGCCCGUCGGUCACUUAGCGACGGAGGCGUCUCGGUUAUUUCCAGAGCUCGAUUGUGUUUUUGUGCUGCGACGACCGGAAGAGACCGAAUUCUUGCUCUUUAAUGGCAUAAAAACAAGUGGAUUCUGGAGGCUUGAUCCGAUACUGUUUUUAUCUAUUAAAUCAUCUCGAGGUGUAUUCAGAGCGUUCGAUUGGCCGCUGCUCCGUCCCCCUCGUUGCAGUCGGCGUAGUCUCCUCUCCACCAAAAGGCUCGUGGGAGAUUGGCCGAAAAGCGGAGCGUCUUUAUUGCGGCGUUUUACUCGACUUGGAGGGUGUUUCAAGUGGUGGCUUCUCUCUCUCUUUCCCUCUCUCUCUGAGUCUGUGGGAUUAGCUGGAGUCCUGUGUGUGUGUGUGAAGAGCAGGGUGCCAGCUUUAAUGGGAAGGUGGCCCGGUGAACAGCUCGGCCUCUCCGCGGCCAGCGCCUCCCCAUCGACUCUCCACCUGGUCGUUGAGCACCUAGCUGGCCGCGAAUGCGUCGACCCCGUCCCUCCCAUCCUCUCUUCCUCCCUGUUUUGUUUUUGUUUUUUCUCUUUCUUUUUCGACCUCCUAUGCGCUCAUUUAAAAAAAAAAAGCGUUGGUCCCUCUCUCUUCCCGCUCUCCCUCCCCGCUCUGCUCGUCCCUCUCCAUCCAUCCCAUGUCCCUGGCUGCCCUUUCCUCCUCCUCCUCCUCCUCCUCCUCCCCCACCACCCCGCCUCCAUCCUAAAGCAAAGUGUCGACUGAAGAGCCCCGUUUAGAGAGCCGGUAACUUUGGUUGAGUCGGUGCUCCGGAGCACCGGCCGGCCUCGGGCCGCCGUGACUGGCUGCUGAGGCUCUGACAUCACUCGAGGCGCCAGCUGUUGAUUUGGCGCUGUCUCCAAGGCUGGCUGGCUUGAUGGGUUGUGGCAGGUAGACUUGUGCUCGCGCAGCACUCUCCCUCCCUCCCUCCCUCUCUUUGUGACACCCACUCGCCCUCCUCUCCCUUUUACACUCCCCUCUCCUCGUCUUCCGCUCUCACUCAGUCGAGCGGGCGAACAGGAGGCAGCAGGCAGCUGCCGUGGAGCGAGCUGGGAGGCGACUCCAGUCUCCUCUCCAGCAAAUAGUGCCUCCUGUACCAUGGAAACUAAACGGUUGAGUAGCAGGAGGGAUGGAGGGCAGAGCUGCCGGGGCAGGUCAGCAGGGGGCAUGAGGGCGUCGGAGGCCCCGGUUGGCGUUCAGAGCAGCUGAAGCGGACAUGGCCAGAGAAGUCUCUCCAAUGGCACCGGCAGGCUCGGCCUCAUCGACCUCACCAGCCGCUUCCUCCUUCGCCGCAACCACCACUGGCUACGCAACAAGUUCUCUGUGUUCUCCAGCCUCUCCCAGUAACACUUUGCAAUGAGAAUGUCCGACACGGUCGACACUGAAACGAUGAAAGUUUCCGAAGCCGCCGACGCCGCGGUGCCGACGGCGAGGGAUGACGCCGCCGACCAGAGACAGAGCGGCGGGGACGACAAGAGCGACGCACAGGAUGGAUUCCUCCCCUCUGGGAAGGAAGAGCGAGCGGCGCAGGACCAAGUGGAGAAAGAGGACGGCUGCGACAAGGCGGACAAGCCGGAGAAGACGCAGAGGAAGAUGCUGUCGAGAGAUUCCAGUCAAGACUACACCGACUCCACUGGCAUCGACCUCCACGAGUUCCUGGUCAACACGCUGAAGGGCAACCCCAGGGAUCGAAUCAUGCUGCUGAAGUUGGAACAGGACAUCUUGGACUUCAUCAGCAAUAAUGAAAGCCACAAGAGGAAGUUCCCGCCCAUGACGUCCUACCACCGGAUGCUGCUCCACCGCGUGGCCGCCUACUUCGGCAUGGACCACAACGUGGACCCCAGCGGGAAGUCGGUGGUGAUCAACAAGACCGGCAACACCAGGAUACCCGAUCAGAAGUUCUCAGAGCACAUCAAGGACGACAGGACGGACGACUUUCAGAAACGCUACAUUCUCAAACGAGACAACUCCAGCUUUGAUCGCGACGUCAGCUCGAUUCGAAUGCGUUUGAAAGCUGACAAGAGGAGCAAAUCGAUGGAGGAGAGGGAGGAGGAGUACCAGCGAGUCAGAGAAAGGAUAUUCGCACAUGAUGGAGACCACUUCAUCCUAGAUAGGAGCGCUCAGGAUGAAGGCGCAUGCAUGAGCACCCAACAGCGGCGUCAAAUGUUCAGGCUCCGGGCCGGCCGGUCGGGCGCCAGCCGGCAGAGCAGCUCGGAGACGGAGACGCUGCCGCGGCACGGCGAGCCGCGGCCGUGGAGCAGCACCGACAGCUCGGACAGCUCCAACCGGCUCGCCCCGCGGCCCCCCAUCACCAAGGCCAGCAGCUUCAGCGGCAUCUCCCCCUGCCUGGUGCGGGGCGACAGCACGGCCAGCAGCAAGAGCACCGGGAGGCUCUCCAAGACGGGCUCCGAAUCGUGCAGCAGCGUCGGCUCCUCGUCCAGCUCGCUGUCCCGUCCCCAGCUGCCCCUCGCGGUCUCGGCGCCGUCCUGGUCCAGCAUCCCCAGCGCGCCUCUGAUCCACCCGGCCGCCGACGCCAGGGGCUCCGGGCACCCCGAGAUGGUCAAGAGCGUCCCGCCGCAGCCCCCGCCGCCCGCCGCCGCCGGCUAUUACGUGUUGCCGCUGGAGGCCUCGGGGAUCCCGCCCGGCAGCGUGCUGGUCAACCCGCACACAGGCAAGCCUUUCAUCCACCCCGAUGGCAGCGCCGUGGUUUACAACCCGGCUGGCAGGAGCCCACAGCAGGGCAAGACCCCGACGCAGCAGCAGCCGGCCAACCACCUCCACUCACAGCCGAUCUGUCCUCCUCUCCAGCUGUCCUCUGAGCCCGUUAACCACUCGCCGGUCUCGUAUCCUCUUCCUCCUCUUCCUCCUCCUCAGUUCCUGCCCGUCUGUCCUAACCAACAGUACACUGUGCCCGACCCCCUCAGCGCCCAGUUCAGUCACAUGACUCUGGCGCAGCAGCAGCAGCCCGGUGGCGGCGGCGGGGCCUCAGUGGCGGACGCUCGCCACUAUUCCGCCGUGUACCACCACCACCACCACCACGCCUCCCCAAUGAUGCUGCAGGGAGGUCCGCAGCACCAGCAGCACCCGCAGCAGGUUGCGAGCUACAUGGUGGCGGGGCCAUCGGGGGUGCACCCGGCGUUGCUGCAGGGUCAGCCCGUCUCGCUCCCGACGCCGGGGGGCCCCAACCACCCGUAUCCCAGCUCCACGCCGGGCCCCGCUGCUUUCCCGGGGUCCGCGCUGAACCAGCAGCUGCUCCAGCAGCACGCCUACAUCCAGCAGCCGGUCCAGCAGAUGUCGGCGUGCUACUGCUCGUCGGCCCCCCACCCGCACUGCUCCGGCCAGCAGCAGCACUACCGGCCCCCCGUCAACCCGCUGCCCUACAACUGCCCUCAGAGCCCAAACCUGCCCCAGCAACAAGUGCACCACGCCAUGAUGCCCCCCCCGGCGUCCAGCUACCAGGCCAUCGUGGGAAUGCAGCCGACCUCCAGCCUGGCUCUCACCGGCAACCAGCAAAGCAAUAUGGGCAACCAGAUUCAGGGCAUGAUGGUCCAGUACCCUCCCAUGCAGUCUUAUCAGCAGCUUUCGGUGCCGCAGCAGACCUACCAGCAGCCGGUGUUUGUGUCCUGUCAGCCGGGCCAGGGGCCGGUGGCCGUGGCCGGCAUGCAGCCCUGCUACAGCCUGCUCCCCCCGAACCAGCACACCACCAUGAGCUCCACGGUGAGUUUCCUGCCCGCCCAGAUGAUGGAGCAGCUCCAGUUCUCUCAGACCUCGGCCCCCUGUGUCUCCCAGCAGCACCCAGGCCAGCAGUAUGCAGGGUUGUUACCCUCGGGCCCCGGCGGUGGCGGCGGCGGCGGCGGCAUGGUGAUGCUGCAAAUGACGGCGCCCUCCUGCCAGCAGCCCCGGGCCCCCUCCCCCUGCCAGCGGAAACAGCCCGGCCACAAACACCCGGGCCCCGAGCACCAGCGCGGACGCCGGCUCGCCGAGCUGCCCGCGCCUGCAGACGGCGCCCAGAGCAGCCUUCCCUCGCCCCCGGCCCUCACUCCCUCGGCCGGCCAGCCGCUCGGCUUCAAGGGCCUCUCGGCCGGCAUCUCGUCCAUCCCCGCCGUGGCCCACCACCCGCACCACCACCCGCCGCUCCCUACAGCCUUCUGCCACAGUGGACCAGGUGAAGCACACUACUCUCUACUGGGCCAACCUCUGCAGUUCAAACCCUCCAUCCGGCCUCCGCUGAUCCACACCGCCCACAUGGUGGCCACACACCAGGGUCCACUGGGCGUUUGGCGUAGCGCUCACGGGAGGAAGGCCAGCAGGAAACCUCUGUCUUCAGAUCUCAGUGUAGGUGAAGCAGUGAGCAGUCAGAUCCUGGAAGUGACGGACCCUCUGGACUCCCACCACCUCCUGGCGGAGCUCUGCAGAGGGGGUGAAUUGAUCCAGCGGCUGUCGGACCAUCAGCCCCGGCUGCGCAGCGCGGCCAGAGACUCUCCCGGCGGACGCCUGGCCUCGUCAUACUCCAUCUUUGCCAUGCUACCCCCCAGAUACGCCGCCCCCGAGCACCGGGCCCCACCGCGCCGGCCCCCGGGCCACCUUCGAACUCCGGACUAGCGUCAGGCACACCGGGGAGCUGUGCGGCCCGGACGGGGCCGGCUCGUAGCCGCUACGCGCAUCUCGGGGCGCCACACGGACGCACAUCCAACCACCUGCCUCUGCUGCCUCAGUCUGGACCGGUUCGGUUCAAGUCCCAGACUCUGUCCAAAUAAAAACAAAAAGAAACCAAACAAAAACAAAUCUGAAAAUGUUCUGAUAAUUUUUAGUUUUUGUUCAUUUUUCAUUUUGUUGCUGCUGCGCCUCAUCUCUAUUCACAAUAAAACAAAAUGUAGUUUGCCGUUCAAAGUGAAAGAGAGGGAUUCCACUGUGGCUCUUCCGAUAGCAGCUGUACGAGUGUGACGCAGCACAAACACACACCGCUCGGUUCUGGUUCAGAGCGUCGUCGUUCAUAUCCAAGUGGUUAUUUUUGUUUUAUUUAACAGUCGUCAAUAAUACCACCAUCUGUGUCCUCGCCACCGACUCGUGACGCCCAGCGGCGUUUAUCUCCCGACAAUAACACGCAGCGGCACAUGAACAAUGUUGAGCCCGUACAAUAAUAAACACUGAAUAAUAGAUACACUACCUGAAAUAUUUGAAGUCACUUUCAUACACAGUGAAUGUUGGAUUUGCACUGAAGUGAUGAGCGAGACGGAGAUCUGAUCGUGUUGGACCGGGCCUGGGUUUUCUUUUAUCCCCCCCCCCCUCGUACCCGUUUGUUGCACUCGGCCAGGACACUUUCUUUUAUAUUUAAUUAAAAUGUUUAUAUGCACACGAAAAAUGCAAUCAACUUUGUCACUACUUGGCUUAUUUUUUUUGGGGGGGGGGUUGGGUGGGUUGAGUUUUAUUUGUGUGAAUCAUGAGGUGUUCUUUGUUCUUUUGUCUGGUGUAGCUUUUUUUUUUUUUUUUGGACUCUAAUAAAUGUUUGCACCACG